AUGAAGAUUGAAGUGAUAUUUUCAGUGUGUGCGGCUGCGAUUGUGCUCGCGAAGGAUCAAUUCGAUCCAUCAAGCUAUGCUCAUGGCGAUGUGCUUAGUCGGGACAUUGCCAUCAUUGGUGGUGGCUCCAGUGGCAUUUACAGCGCGAUGAAUUUGAAGGCAGAGGGAAAGAGUGUCGUUGUGGUCGAAAAGGACGAGGAACUUGGGGGCCACACUCGUACCUGGGUUGAUCCUAACACCGGGGUCAUUGUCAACUGGGGGCUACAAGCGUACUACAAUAACUCGGCUGCAAUUGAUUACUUUUCUUUGUUGGGCAUUGACGUUGGCCAGCUUUCAUUCUCGCCGUUAAAUGUCGUGUACUCGGAUCUCCAGACCGGGACACCUGUAAACGUGCAAACCAGCGGAAACUAUGACGGGUACGAGGAACAACUAAGCAAAUAUCCCUACCUCUCCUAUGGCUGGGACCUCCCUAGCCCAGUACCCUCAGAUUUACUCCUGUCAUUCGAUGAUUUCAUUCAGAAAUACGACAUUGCAGAUGAGGUAUACAACAUAUUCUCUGCUGGUAGAGGGUUCACGAACAUCCUGAACCAACUGACCAUCAAUGUGAUGAAAAUGGUAGAUUACUCGUAUUUCAAUUCUAUGGCAGGUGCAGCCAUUGGCCCGGUCAGCGGCAAAAAUGAUGAAAUUUAUUCUGUGGCCCUCCGCAGAUUAGGCUCAGAUGCCUUGCUCUCCUCAAGUGUAACCGCUGCUGAACGUCCUGAUAACCCAAACAAGCGAGUCCACUUGGUUGUGAAGACGCCUUUGGGGAACAAGCUCAUACAGGCCAAGAAGCUUUUAAUCACCGCACCUCCACUAGUUGAUAACUUGAAACCAUUUAGCCUCGACACCAAGGAAACUGGACUAUUCUCCAAGUGGACCUACUCGAACUACUUCAUUAUGCUUCUUAAAAACACCGGUCUGCCAGCCGGAUAUGAGUAUUUGAACGCCAAUGCUUCAUCUAGCACAUUUAAUACUCCUCAAUUACCCGCUCCAUAUCUGAUCACUGCGACCAAGGACCCCAACAUUUUUUACUCUUGGUAUGCCAGUCCAUAUGAUAUGACCCAGGCUGAAGUCGAGGCCGAUGUUACCAAUAUCAUUAGACGACUGCGGAAGACAACCAACUCGACCGUCACUACAGCCCCUGAGAUCUUCAAAUUUCAUAGCCACACCCCAUUCAAGCUGGUUGCAGACGCUGAUGCCAUCACUGGAGGAUUCUAUGAGAAGUUGAAGCAACUUCAAGGACACCGCAACACUUGGUAUACUGGGGCUGCUUUCAUAUCUCAUGAUUCCUCUGUGCUGUGGAACUACACCCGGUACGAGGUGCUUCCCUUACUUUCCUAA